CAAUUUACUAGUAUUUUGACAUAUGCCAAUGUCCUCCACAUGGCUUCAUAUGGACCGUUGCUUUUUGCCUUUCUGUGGAUCAUGGUCGGUUGAAUUCCGGCAUCUUCUCUUUCUCCCUAUGCACUUGAGUUCCUCAAAACAAGUUUAUUCUCUUCUAUCAAACCGCAGAAUUUUCUUCCUAUAUAUAGAUUUUUUUUGUGUGUAUAAAACCCAUAUAUACACAGUUAGCUUGGUAGAUUUGAAGACCCAAUUAAUUCCAGUACUUCAGUAGUUCCAAUCAUGGCCUUAAAUCUUCUACUCACUAAAAGCUGCACAAAGCCAUCCUUACUCAUGUAAGAAGUCAUGGUAAGGAAGCUCAUCCAGAAAAACUGAAAAUUAAUACUCCUAUGAUGAUCACAACUCCAAGAGAAGCAGAUUCCGCUGCAAAACAAGAAAGAAACACAGUUGAUGAUAUUGAGAACAACCACUCCAAAGCCAAACCCUCUUCUUCUUCGAUUACUUCGACGACGCCGUGGUCACGGCUCAGGGAUCCAAGAAUCGUGCGCGUUUCUCGCGCAUUUGGAGGGAAGGAUAGACACAGCAAAGUUUGCACUGUGAAGGGUUUGAUCAGAGACAGACGGGUGAGAUUAUCGGUCCCCACGGCUAUUCAACUGUAUGAUCUUCAAGAAAGAUUAGGGCUGAAUCAGCCUAGCAAGGUGGUUGAUUGGUUGUUAAACGCGGCUAAGCACGACAUCGAUGAACUGCCCCCGCUCCAAAUGCCACUCGGGAAUUUCGGCCAAAACGAUCAUGAUCAUGAUCAUGAUCAAGUAUCGCUAACUAGUACUCACGGAUUAGCAGUUGAUUCUUCACGAUUUGAUACUAAAGGGGGAGUUCAGAUGAUUAACGGUACUGUCCGAUGGGAAUCGAGUUUUGGGAACAUGGAUAAGUCUAAGGAGGUAAUUGCAAUGGCAGUCGAUCGAGGAAACGAAGAAGGAGAAAAUGGAGAAGGAGAAAAUGGAGAAGGAGCAAAUGAAGAAGAAGCAGAUGUUUCGGCAAACAAGUUUUUCCCAGGAUCCAACUACCACUCUUCCAUACCAGGUUUGCUUAACAAUGUGGUGCCAUACAGUUCUAUGUACCGAUGGGAUCCUUCGAUUUUUUCGUUGUCUCAUUUCACACCCCAGGCAGAUGAUCAAGAUCAUCCCCCAAACUUCAAUGUUGUUCCAUUGCCAUCGUUGUCUCUCCCACCUGGAUCUCAAGUUCUCGUGUGUCCAACUGGGACGACACAACCCUAUUUCCCUUCACAUGAGGCGACUGGCUCGGUAGACUUUGGUCCGAAACAAAUCAACCAUUUUCAAAUGUUGAGCUCAAGUACUUCGCAAAAUCCUAGCUUUCCAAGUUCCAUGAAAGCCUUUCAAUUGAGCAUGUCUCCGGAUCUCCACCAAUAUUCCCAAAAUAGUAUCGGAAGCCGAUCAAGUGAGGAUGAUGGGUUUUCUCCAAAAUGAAGGAAAAAACCUACAUGUAUUUCGCAAAAGUGGACAAUAUUUACAUGUAAUCUUUAUAGUUGUGUCAAGGUCGUAUUCUUACUUAAUUCUCAGGUUUAAGUUCAUGAAGUUAGUUUGCUUCACAAGGGAAUAAGAAAAAAAAUUCAAAGGGUAGAGGUUAAUGCUUAUUUUUCUGAGUUAUAGCAUUUGUUUUGGUACCCUCAAAGAGGGCUUUUAGAGUGGCGAUGAUAGAUAUGAAUAGCGGUUGUUCGAUC